AUGAACCUUAUUUUCCUGGUCUUCUUUUAUUUGGUUGUUGGGCUCGCAAUUUUUAGCAGAGAGCGCAAGCAAAGGAGCUUCAAUAGGAACUGGUUCUUUCUAGCCGUAUCAAUAUGCAGCACUCUUGUAAGUAUUGCAUAUCUCAGUAUAGGAUCAUGGGACCUUUUAUCGUGUUCUGAGCAACUAGAGAAACUAAUUUGGCAAAUUUAUCUUCUUAGGGGAGUAGUUUGGUUCUCCUUAGCUGUGUCUUUAAAUGUUCAAAGGUCUGCUUUGAUGGUGGCUAUUUUCCACAAGCAGCUAAAACUUUCUGCCGUGGCAAGAAAGAUUCACUCAACUGGUGAGAUUGUUAACUACAUAAUGGUGGAUGCUUAUCGUAUGGGUGAAAUCUCCUGGUAUUUCCAUUCAGCCUGGAGUUGUCUACUUCAGCUCCUUCUAUCACUUGGAAUCCUUAUUGGUAUCGUGGGCCUUGGAGCUCUACCAGCCUUGGUUCCUCUUGUUAUCUGUGGUAUCUUCAAUAUUCCGUUUGCCAAACGACUCCAAGAGUGCAAGGCUGAGUCCAUGGCAGCUCAGGACAAGAGGUUGAGAGCCACUUCAGAGAUCCUCUCUAGCAUGAAGAUCAUUAAGUUGCAAUCAUGGGAAGAACAUUUCCUGAAGCUCAUCUAUUCACUCCGAGAUAACGAGUUUAAAUGGCUGAGGGACGCACAACAUAAUGUUGCCAAUGGCACUGCCUUAUUUUGGCUAUCUCCCACAAUAAUAUCUUCAAUGGCCUUUUGGGGUUGCUCGAUUUUCAGGAGUGCUCCUUUAGAUGCUGUCACUAUGUUCACCAUCAUUGCAACUUUAGGAGUUAUGGGGGAGCCAGUUGUACAGUUGCCGCAGUUCUCUUCAAUAAUCCAAGCAAUGGUGUCAUUUCACAGGAUCAAUACAUUUCUGCUAGAUGAUCAAGUAUAUAUUACUGAUGCUAUUGGAAGUGGUACAAUGGUAAAUCCAGAGAACAAUGUAGAAUUACAAGAUGGAAAUUUUAGCUGGGAUCCAGAAUCUCCAACAUUAACCUUGAGAGAUUUAUCUUUAGAGGUGAGGCCAGGUGAGAAAGUUGCAAUUUGUGGGCCUGUUGGAGCUGGGAAAUCUUCACUUCUUUAUGCUUUACUUGGUGAAAUGCCCAAAAUAUCAGGCAGGGUCGAUGUGUUUGGAUCCAUAGCAUAUGUUUCUCAAAGUGCUUGGAUACAAAGUGGAACAGUUCGCGAUAAUAUAUGCUACAGUAAGCCAAUGGACAGCAGAAUAUAUGAGAAGGCCAUCAAUGCUUGUGCUCUUGGUAAAGACGUCAUGAACUUUAGCCACGGUGAUCUGACAGAAAUUGGUCAAAGAGGUAUAAAUUUGAGCGGAGGUCAGAAGCAGCGGCUUCAGUUGGCUCGAGCUGUUUAUAGUGAUGCUGAUAUUUACCUCCUUGAUGACCCUUUCAGUGCAGUUGACGCACAUACUGCAGCUGCCCUAUUUAAAACCUGUGUCAUGGGUGCUUUAAGGAACAAGACCGUAAUUCUAGUCACCCAUCAAGUGGAGUUUCUGUCACAAGUUGAUAAAGUUUUGGUUAUGAAAAGCGGUCAAAUUACACAAUAUGGAAGCUAUGAGGAUCUUUUGAUGAUUGGAACAACAUUUGAGCAGCUUGUCAAUGCACAUAAGAACGCAGUUACACAGUUAGGUCAUUCAAGUAUUGCACCAGAAAGAGAACUUCACCAGGCUACAUUUGACAGACCAGUAGUGUUUUCUGACACUUGUGACGACAAUAGUGACAUUCCUGAGAAAAGUACACCACUGCAACUAACAGAAGAGGAGGAAAAAGGAGCCGGAGAUGUAGGAUACAAGCCAUACUUGGAUUACAUAUCGGCCUCAAAGGGUCUAACUGUCCUGUUUUUAAGUGUAAUCUCACAGAUUGGUUUUGUAGCUUUCCAAGCUGCUUCAAGAUAUUGGUUAGCUUUUGCGAUUCAGAUUCCUGAACUAAGCAUGAGCACUUUAAUAGGGGUUUAUGCAGGACUUUCCUUCCUUAGUAUAAUAUUUGUACACCUCAGGUCUUUGUUCACAGUUAAGUUAGGCCUUAAAGCUUCCAGAGCUUUUUUCGAGAGUUUCAUGAAUUCAAUAUUCAGAGCUCCAAUGCUUUUCUUUGAUUCAACUCCAGUUGGACGAAUUUUGACUAGAGCAUCAUCAGAUUUUAGCAUUUUGGAUUUUGAAAUACCUUUUGGAAUUUCCUACGUGUUGUCUGUUGCAAUUGAGGUCGCAGGAAUUAUUUUGGUCAUGGCCAUGGUGACUUGGCAGGUACUCAUUGUGGGAAUUCUUACCUUGGUAGCAUCAAAUUUAAUUCAGAAUAAGUAUCUUGCUUCUGCAAGGGAGAUAAUACGUAUAAAUGGAACCACAAAGGCACCAAUCAUGAAUUAUGCAGCUGAGGCAUCUCAAGGGGUGAUAACUAUCAGGGCAUUUAAAGAGGUAGAUCAGUUUAUCAGCAAGUACCUGAAGCUUGUCGAUACUGAUGCUAAGCUAUUUUUCUACUCAAACACGGCCAUGGAGUGGUUGAUUAUAAGAAUUGAGGCUCUUCAGAAUAUGACACUCUUUACUGCUGCUUUUCUCUUUGUUAUACUUCCUAAGGGUUCUAUACCGCCAGGACUUGUAGGGCUUUCUCUUUCCUAUGCUCUAACAUUGAAGGCCACCUACGUCUUCAUGAUGCAAUGGUACUGUAACACAUCUAACUACAUCAUUUCAGUUGAAAGAAUUAAACAGUUUAUGCACAUAGAACCUGAACCUCAAACUAACAUUGAAGAUAAUAGAGCUCCAUUAUCUUGGCCCUCAGAGGGUAGGAUCGAGUUACAAGAUCUCAAGAUAAAAUACCAGCAAAGUGCUCCACUAGUUCUCAAGGGAAUCACUUGUACAUUCAAAGAGGGUACACGAGUAGGGAUUGUGGGGAGAACUGGCAGUGGGAAAACAACACUCAUAAGUGCAUUGUUCCGAUUAGUAGAGCCUCAUAACGGAAGAAUUUGUAUUGGUGGCAUAAACAUUUGCGCUAUUGGACUCAAGGAUUUACGGACUAAACUUAGUGUCAUUCCCCAAGAACCAACCCUCUUUCGAGGUAGCAUUCGAUCUAACAUGGACCCUCUAGGUUUAUACUCUGAUGCUGAAAUAUGGGAGGCACUAGAGAAGUGUCAACUUAAGAUUACAUUUACCAGCCUUCUGAAUCAGCUGGACUCAUCAGUCGGUGAUGAAGGUGAAAAUUGGAGCAUGGGGCAGCGCCAUUGUCUUGGAAGAGUCCUCUUGAGGAGAAACAAAAUUCUUGUGUUAGAUGAAGCCACAGCUUCCAUAGACUCUGCAACUGAUGCUAUCCUUCAGAAAAUUAUUAGAGAAAAAUUUUCUGAAUGCACAGUAAUAACAGUAGCUCACACUCACAGGGUUCCAACUGUAAUAGACAGUGAUAUGGUUAUGGUUCUUUCUAAUGGUGAGAUGGUGGAGUAUGAUGAACCCUCUAAACUCAUGCAAAGCAGCUCAUCGUUUUCCAACAUUGUAGCUGAAUAUUGGUCCAGCUGCAGGGGCAGCUCCUUCCAGAAAAUCGAGAAUGCCUCGCAACAACAUACCGUUUAAGAUGUUAAAUCAUCUUUUAUGUU